UUUGUUUUUGCUUUUGUUUUUUUUUUUUUGUUUUGUAAAUCAUUUGUAAUUUUCCUUGUUUGGCUGCCUAGAAAAUGUACGAAUGUGAGAAAAGAAUGUUUUCAAUUUUUUUUCUUCAAUAGUUUACAAUUUGCUGGAUAUUGACUGUAGACUGUAGUAGAUACUGUGACUCGAUUCAGAUUUCAAAACAUUUACUUUAAAAUCUUUGUUUUCUUAUACAUUUUCUUAGCAUCUCAAUUCGGUUGCUCUGUAGCGGGAGUGAAUUCUUGAGUCCUCGGGGGUUUUUUAAGUUUCAAGGGAUCUAGGCUAAUUAACUGAAACUAUCUGCGAUUUUUGGUCUGGGAUAGCAAAAAUUAUACAAUACAGUAUACUGCUUCAUUUUUUCGGUCCUGAUUUUCUUUGCUACCGAGAGUAGGAUUUUUCUCGUCUUUUUAUUUUUAUUUUUUUAAAGUUCUUUUCCGUUUUUAUUGAUUAUGCUCUGUAGAGGUCAACAAACAGAAGUUUUGGCUUUGCUUCUGCUUUAGUUAAAGUAGGUUUUUGAAUUGCUUUGUGACUUUUUCUUUAGUGGUAUUGGCAUGAUUUUGUUUGCAUCCUUUAAUUUUUAUUUUUCUUCAAAUCAUUAUUGCAAUAUCUGGUGCUAUAAAAGGUUAAUAGCGAUCCUUGAUCGCCGUUCUCUUUCGUCUGUAGCAUGCUCCUCCAUUUUCCGUGUCGAAACUUUUGAGGAUAUAUGAACAUCUUUCUCGUGUUUCGCUAAAAGAAAGAAAAGAAAGUCUUUCAGGCUCCUUGUGAAGUUUUGACAUUUGAGGAAACGUGCUGGUUCAAAAACAGAGAACCUUUUCACAACUGACAUCUGAUUUGAAUUCUGAAAAUAUUGAUACGACAGGCAAAGAUUCGUUCACGUGUGAAUUGGGGCGGAGACCUUCCAAACAAGCAGCUGGAACCCCAAUAAAGAAGUUAUUAGCUGAAGAGAUGUCAAGAGAAACUGAAUCAAAGAAAAGGUCUCCCAGUGUUAUUGCCCGAUUGAUGGGCUUUGAUGGACUGCCACCUCAGCAGCAGUCUCACAAACAACAUAAAAGGUCAUCAGAGAACUAUUUACAGAGGAUGCCACCAACAGGAAAAUCCCAAAGAAGUAGCACAUUGAGUAGCUGUAGAUCAUCUCGAAAGAGUUCAAAGGAGGAGCAGGAAUUCAAAGAUGUAUUUGAAGUUUUAGACACCUCAAAAAUGGGUAGUAGUAGUUGCUCAUUGCAGGGGACUGCAGAUUCAAAGAUUACUGAAGCUGAGAUGGCAUUCAUUAAGCAGACAUUCAUGGAUGUCACACAUCUUUCUAGUGAUGAAAAACUUUACAAUUUAAAGGAAUUUCAUGAUGCAAUUAAUCAUUUAAACUCCAACAAAGAUGUUCUGCUGAAAUUUCUCGAGCAGCCAGAUUCAUUGUUCACAAAACAUCUGAAUGAUCUGCAAGCUGCUCUUCCUCAGUCCCAUUGUUGUCGCAUAUCAACUACGAGGUCAUUACACGCUCGAGAGUAUGAAGGCAGUGUCCUGGGCUGCAAAAUAGAUAAAGAAAUGCAAUUGAAGAAUCAUAAACAGCGUCAUAAUGAUCCUCUGAUCCAUUCUUACCAUAAACAAGCUGCUGAUGAUCCACUCAAGCCAUUGAAAAUUCAAUUAGAAGGGAAAGAUGGACCUUCUGUUCCUCCAACACAGAUCGUUGUACUGAAACCAAACUAUGGAAAAGUGAAGAAUGCUACCAGGACUGUUUCAUCACCUCAUUCUUCUCAUGAUUUUCUUUCAGAUUGCAAGAGGUAUACUGAGCUUCCUAGUAUCAAGAGUAGGGAGGCAGAGUUAUGUGCAAAUAAAAGGUUUCCUGAUCAUGUGGCACAACCGAGAUACAAGUCUAGAGAAUCUAGGGAAAUUGCGAAGGAGAUCACCAGGAAAAUGAGAAAUAGUCUUGGAAGUGGUUCCACAAGGAUCUCAACCUCUGGAUAUAGAGGAUAUGCUGGGGAUGAGAGUUCACCAAACAUGUCUGACAAUGAAUCAGCAAAUGAAUCAGACGUGAUGACAGUGAUUUCUAGAGAUUCUAUUGGUUGGAGCAAUCGAUUCAGGUCUUCAUCAUCCCGCUCUGCUGAAUCAUCUGUGAGCAGGGAGGCCAAGAAGAGACUCUCCGAGAGGUGGAAGAUGACUCAUAGUCAUAGGUCAGUUGAUAUGGGUGUGAUUAGUAGGGGCUGCACGUUAGGUGAGAUGCUUGCAUUGCCUGAUAGGGAAGAAAGACCAGCUAAUGUGGAUGCCAUGAUUGUUGGAAAAGGAUUUAGUGACAAUUUUGAUGGCCAUGAUGAACCGGCAGGAUGUGUUGAACCUUUGGGUAUUAGCAGUAGGGACGGCUGGAAAGAUGGAUGCAUUAGAAAUCUUUCUAGAUCAAGAUCUCUUCCUGCCUCGUGUACUGCUUUUGGUAGUCCGACUAUGCACCGUGAAACUCUUUUCAAUGAUAGGCAUCUACCACCAAAAGAAUCAAUGCCGCAGGAAAGAAUCAAGGCCGUAAAGGGGAACUGCAAUCAGAGGGAAGGCUCAUCUUCUAGAAAUUCAAGAUCUCGUAUUAGGAAAUAUCAUUUCUCUGAGCAUACUUGUAGGAAUCAUAGCGACAGUUCACCAGAAAUUAAUUUGAGCCAUAAGCAAAUACAGAGUAGUAAUGAUGAUCCAUUUAAACCAUAUCUUGUGGUUUCUGAGACACCAGCUUCCAUUGUCACAAAUAUUAGUUUAGUUACUGAGAACGUGGCAGAUGUAGCAGUUGAGAAUAUGGCAGAUGUAGCAAUUGAGAAUGUGGCAACGCCUGCUAAAUCUACUGACUCAGAAUUACCAGCUUAUGUGGAACCAUUAAAUAAGCCACCUGAUGAAGGGUCAGCCCCUGAGAAGCACUCUGUAGCAGAGCUGGAAUCUCCAGCAAGCUCUAAGCAGGCUGAUCAACCAAGCCCUGUUUCAGUUCUCGAAACUCCAUUCCCAGAUGAUCUAUCUUCAAGUUCCGAAUGCUUUGAGAGUCUCAGUGCUGACCUACAAGGACUUCGGAUGCAGCUUCAGCUACUCAAGCUGGAGUCAGAGGCAUAUGCAGAGGGAUCCAUGCUCAUCUCAAGUGAUGAAGAUGUUGAGGAAGGCUCUAUUGGAUUUUCAGUGGAGAAUGUAAUAGUUGAAGAAAGCAGGGAAUCUUCCUAUGUAGUUGAUAUUCUAUCGGAAUCUGGUAUUAACGAUGCUGACCCUGAAACUUUCAUGGCAUCAUGGCACUCUUCUGAAUGCCCAGUGAAUCUCCUGGUAUUUGAAGAACUGGAGAAGAAGCAUUGCAAUCUCAUUUCUUGGCCAAGGUCUGAAAGGAAGCUGCUAUUUGAUCGCGUAAACUCAGCUCUCGUUGUGAUUAGCCAACACUUUGCUCAUCCACUCCGUUGGUUAAGGCCUGGAACUACAACAAUUCCCAGGUGGAUUAAACAUGGACUUGGGAAUAGCAUCCUCAAAUUGCUGGCAAACCAGGAGAAGACUGCUAAUAACAAUGUGGCAGAGAAGGCGCUGGUAUCAGAUUCGACAUGGCUGGAUUUGAGAGAUGAUAUUCAUAUAGUUGGUAGAGAAAUUGAGAGACUGAUGAUGGAAGAGUUGGUUAAAGAGAUAGUAGCAGUUUAGAGAUUCUGCACACAAGUGUCUGUUUGGUGUAGGAAUGAAGCUAGGAAUAUACAGAAAAAAAAAAAAAGAACAUAUGGGAAUGUUCAUUUCAAUUAGGGAAGAUGAAAAUAAAAAUUGAUAGAAUCCCUUGAACCAAAAAACAAAAUUCCAGAAUGGUGAUUGGGGAAAAGUACUACUACAAGGAAGAACUCGGCAAAAAUCUUCAGCAUGGGUGGAUUUGGCCCCAAGCAAAUUGAUUAUGGAAAUUGGUUAUCAUGCUGGUAUCUCACAGAGGAUAAUGAAAUAUAUAUAUAUAUAUAUCCGUUUCGCCUAUCCUUGGCAUUUUUACUGCAAAUAUUAAGCCGGUAGAUGAUGUAAAAGUCGUAUUCUGUUUUGGCUUAUGCUAAGAAUUUCAGCAAUUUCACAUAUAAAAGAAGCUCUUGGAUUAACCCGUACGGGGAGA